UCGUUGCUUUAAUACUGACUGCGUACAGGACAGACAUGCAGGGGGAAGGGUUCAACUUGUUCAACUGUUAAACUCAGACAAAAGGAGAACCUAAUGAAGGUAUUUUCUAUCAGAAAGAUCAGACAGUGAUGUUAUACUUUAAAACACCGACUAUUAAAUGUAUUUAGAUUUUUGUCAUCAUUCUAUAGAUUGUGUAAAUAUUGGCAACAUUAAUGUAGCAGAAGGUUUAUCAAAAUGGUGUCAGUAGAUUCAAGAAAUUAAAUUCAUCUGUGUAUUCAAUAUUAUGAAGUUUUGAUUCAAGUUAAAGGGACAGUCCGGAACACACACUUUACACACACUGCGUCUCUCCUUUAUCAACAAUAGACUAUUAUCACGCUUCCAGGUUUUGUGGGCAGGGUUUACUUUGUGAACUUCCACUUCCGGCGCAACAACAACAAUGGCUCAAAUGAUGUCUAGAUGUCACUGCUCUUUUCAAACUAUGAAAUAAUCAGCAGGAUCAAUGCGUAUUCUUUGUAAAUACUUUGUAAUAGCUUUAUAAUUGGCAAAAGAAGUUACUGGGACCAGUUAAAGCUCCACAGCAGGAGCAGGACAAAUGUAUCAGACACAAAAAGGAGGAAAAAAGUCCACUUCAAACAGGUGUUCUCGCUCUCUCUUUUUUAUUUUCUCAUAGCAUCGUAAAGUCCAUUGAAGUCCGAAACGUCAGAAAACAAAGCACCGAGAAAGCCUGGUUAAAGCGGACUUUUUUCUCCUUUACGUGCCAGCAAAAGAGACACUCGGACACUCGUAUGCCGACGUCAGCUGACUGAAACUGAGAGGGGAACGUUCUUCCUCUCAGAACACAAAUGACAUGGGGGAAUUUACUUAGCCUCGUUUAAAUUUAAUACUCUUGCUUUUGUUGGGUAUGUUCGGUAAACGCCUUAUAUCCAUACCCCAAACUGACAUCAGCAUAAGCUAACCCUCCUGUUCUAAAGCAGAGGCAACCAUGUCCCGACAUACAGUCACUCCAACAGACCCCCACACCGACAUACAGUCACUCCAACAGACCCCCACACCGACAGACCCCCACUCCACCAAUGAACCUGAACUAAACCAGGACUCAUCUUGAAUGAGAGAGAGAAAAAGAGACAGAACCGCCGUCCCGUAUUGGAGGAUAUUUGGCGUAAAGCUUUGUGCCAUUAGAGCGCAGAGCUUUACGCACGCUGCUCUGUUGGCACGAGAGGAGCCACAUACACCUGACCUCCUGCAGGUGAGAGCGCGUGGAGGUGCAGGUUAACGAGUGCGUAAAAGUCUGCAACUUUAAGUGCGCACGAGGAGAAUGAGCGCUGCAGCCGCCUCUUUAUAAACUUUUAUGAGUUUAUAAACUUUUAUGAAUUUAUAAGGGACUGACGCAUUUCUGUGUCCCUGUGUUUGCCGCUCUGUCCUCUAUGACCAGGUAUAAUUCUAAUCUUUUAGCCCUUAUUCAUGAAAAUAUCCAGAUUCCUAAAUCAUUGAUCUUUUUAGUGUCUCUAUCUGACUGUGAACCCGGCACCGGUUCACUGUCGCAACACAAUGAACUUCACAACGUGUUCUCGUGCGCCCUGGUCUUUGCCAACAGGUACAUUGAGAAUCCCAUCUGACCUCAGACACACGUCAGCAGAGGUAUGGCCCUAUUCAGAGCAUUGAAAAGGCUAAUGGGCUUCAGUUCAGAUCAUUUACAGGAGAGCACCAGCUCACACAUGUCACAAGCUGCAUCAUGUAGCUCCAGAGCGCCUCUGAAGAUGGAAACUGAAAAGUGCUACGAUCCAAAUGACCCAAACCUGAAGUUUACUGAUUCUGUAGAUGAACACGACUUUCUGUGUAUGGACUAUCGCUCUAGAAGAGCUCGGAUGUCGUGUGGUCACACGGUCACUCCACAGUCUCUCACAGACUGGUGUGACAGGCAGCUGCAGGACGGAAACAUAGAUUUAAAGUGUGGAGUCUGCAGCGCUGUGUGGCCUUUUGAUGAAGUGUGUAAGAUGGCUCUACUGACCGACAAAGAGAAGAGCACUUUUGAAGACAAACGACUUGAAAACUUGGCCUUUACUAAGAUGAAUGACAAAAGGUGCCCCGGCUGUAAGUCUUAUGCUUUGAGGAAAAACCAGAACAACCUGUGUGUGAUCUGCCCUCAGUGCACGGCUGUGAAAGGGACCACAUAUCAGUUCUGUUGGCAGUGUCUGAAAGUGUGGAAAGGCUCUGCUCCUCGCUCCGACAGAUGUGAUAAUGAGGGAUGUGUAAACACAGGGUUAGAAACUCUGAGAACAUGUCCUGAGAUUGUGUUUAGAAUCUGUAAAAGACGUGAAGGGCUGUCCGUCUGUCCGUGCAUGUCCCACCUGUGGAGUGCUGUCGCAGCACAACAGUGAAGGAUGUAAGAACAUCGUGUGUAACGGCUGCAAAAUGCAGUUCUGCUUUGUGUGUCUGAAAAUCACCAAAGAGUGUUUGGAGACAAGUAGACAUUUUGUCCCCUGCUCCAGUGGUGUGGCCCCCAGACAGACCUCUAUUCCAACCAAAAAUUAGUGAUUUCAAUUUUGACUGAUAUGAGUGAACAUCUUCUUUGUAUUGCUUUGCACUCAUGUUAAUGUGUAAUUCCUGAGUUUAAAACCUCUACAAAAGGAUAAGAAUAAACUUAAAACAAACAAUUUCA